AUGUCAGAUUACUACUCGCCCAAGUACCAGAGCGGAGACCUGGUGUUCGCCAAGUUAAAGGGCUAUGCCCACUGGCCUGCCAGGAUCGAGCACAUGGCCGAACACAACCGAUAUCAAGUGUUCUUCUUUGGGACCCACGAGACCGCUCUCCUGGGCCCCAAACACCUCUACCCGUACAAGGAGUGCAAGGAGAAGUUCGGCAAGCCCAACAAGAGAAGAGGCUUCAGCCAGGGGCUGUGGGAGAUCGAGAACAACCCCACCGUCCAGGCCUGCAACGACCAUCGCCCCAAAGAGAAGAUCAUCUCUGAGGGGCCAGCGCUAGUGCCACAGCCUGAGGCCUCCGAGGCCCCUGAGGCCCAGAAGAGUGAUGCCCAUGGCGUAGAAGUGAACGGCGAGCUGGGCAUUGACGAACUGGGCCAGGAGCAGGACGAGGUGGGUCGGCUGAAGAGGAUUGCGGAGGAAAUGCUAGAGGAUGCCCCCAAACGUCCCAAGGAGUCUGACCCAGAAGGCAAAGAGGAGGAGGUGGCAGCUGCCUGCGAGGAUGUGAGGCCACUCCUGGUGAAGGCACUGGAGCCAAGCCCUGCCUGGGGGCCGCUACAGGAAGAGGGGGAGUUGCAGGAAGAAGCCCCUGAGGUGGAGGAGGAAGCUGAGAUCCCGGGCGACGGAGACCGGGAGAGCCUGUAG